AUGGCUGGAAACAUAAAGGACAAAGAAUUGUACUUAAGGCUGAAUUAUCUCUACCAGGCUGCUCAUUGCGUUUUGUCCCAAAACCCUGAAAAUGUGGAGUUGGCUCGUUUCUACUGCUUUACGCAACGGAUCAUUGCGAAACGGCUUGUUCUUCGACAAGAUCCUUCCAUCAAAAGAACAAUCUGCAAGAAGUGUUAUUCUCUGCUUAUCCCGGGCUUAACGGCAACGACCAGACAACGAUGGAAAAAAGGCAAGAAGCAUUUUACGGUGAUGCGCUGUCUCAGCUGUAACCAUAGCAAGACGCUCCUCAACAACCCGGAUUACUGUUUGUGGCAGGAUCGACCGGAGGCCCAACUACAACAAAAUCAAGCAGAUGAAGAUUCUGUCGGUAAAUGUCAGCCCAAAAAGCACAAACCUGACAAGCCAGAUUGUUCUCAAGCCAACACAAGUUACACCACUACCACGUAA